AUGAUAAUACGAAGUCGCGUCGCCUCUCUUUUCCUCUUGAUCCUUUCAUCUUUCCUCCCCUUCAUCCUCGCUGAAACACCAACCUCCUUUUGCAAAUGCACAUGCUUCUCCAAUAGCACCAUCAUCCCCCUCGGCCCGCCCAAACCUCGCAGCUCCUCAAAUCCCUCGCCCGAAAGACGCGCCGUCUUCCUCCCCUCCCUAUUCGGCGCCCGCGAAGCCGUCAACGACGACGUAUAUGGCCGCGCGGCGUUUCUGGGCCGGCGAGACGCGGCAGAUGCACAAUUGGCCAAGUCAGAGGAUGACAAGAGCAAGAGCGGAGGCGAUAAAGAGGGCAAAAAGUUCCGUGCGGUGAAUUGCAACGACUGUAACCGCAAGUUCUGUCUAGACUAUCAACUGCCGAUGUGCAAGGGUGCAAAGGAGGAGGAUGUCAUGACGACUUGUUUUCAGAGAGAAUCCAACAAGGAUAAAGCUGUGGUGUUUAUAUUCAUCAUCGCCACAGUGUCUUUAUUAGUCUGGGCAGCCGUCAAGCCGUGGGCAGAACGUUGGAUACAGGUGCGAGACGUCCCCCAGGCAGAUACAGGCGUCAUGUCCAGAGGCAGACGAAACAUUGUAUAA